CAGGCCCUCUCCAAUCCCACCAAUCAGAGCAAAGCUUCCCAAACCCUUGUACACUUUCACCUCCAACACUUACCUAUAAAACAAAACCCACAUCUCCCAUUCUCCCACACCAAACCUACAAAUACAACAAUCCAUUUCACACAUACAAAGAUACACACACAAAGAUGAGUGGGAAAGGUGCAAUAACAAAGGGAGGCAGAGGCCAACAAGCAAAGACCAAGUCAGUGUCAAGAUCCUCAAAGGCUGGCCUUCAGUUCCCUGUUGGUAGAAUUGCCCGAUUUCUCAAAUCAGGCAAGUAUGCUGAACGUGUAGGGGCUGGAGCCCCGGUCUAUCUAUCAGCUGUUCUUGAGUAUCUUGCUGCUGAGGUUCUUGAGCUUGCUGGCAAUGCUGCAAGAGAUAACAAGAAGAAUCGGAUUGUUCCGAGGCACAUUCAGCUUGCUGUGAGGAAUGAUGAGGAAUUGAGCAAGCUUUUGGGGACGGUUACUAUUGCCAAUGGUGGUGUGUUGCCAAAUAUCCACCAAACUUUGUUGCCAAAGAAAAUGGGGAAAGGAAAGGAUGAGAUUGGAUCUGCCUCACAAGAAUUUUAGGGCUUUGGCAAGGUUUUGUUGUGGUGUUUGACUAUUUAUAUGAUGAAUGGCGGGGUUUGAUAUUAUCUGAUUUGGUGUGGUCAGUUAAUAUACCCCUCAUAUCAGGAUUGUUUGAUUUAUUCUAAAUAUAAAAAUGCAAUGCUUAUUUUGUGUGGUGAA